AUGGCCAUCUUAGUGUUCAUAGUCCAGGCAGUUAAUACAAAUUCUGAUAACUUUAAUUCAAUCAAAUUGAAGUAUGAUGGAUUAGUGGAUGAAAAGAAUAGAAUCGAAAAAAAAUUAUCGGAAUUAAGUGAAAUACUUCGUCAGAAUGGCAAUGUUGGUAUGGAUACCCCAUUAGUUGAUGAUGAAGGCUACCCACGCUCUGAUAUUGAUGUGGCUCUUAUACGAAUAACGCGAAACAAUAUCCAUUGUUUAAAUACAGAUCAUAAACAAAUAAUGCUUGAAUUGGAAAGUGUUUUGCAUGAAAUACAUGAAUAUGCUCGUCAAAAUCCAUCUAAAAAUGUUUUAACUGAUGGAAAUGCUUGUUCCAGUGAGAAUAAACUAAGUGAUGAUCAAUCCGCACAGAUUGUGAAGAAACCUUUCCUUAAAAUUGAUCAAAUAUCACCUAAUUCAAUAGCGGAACAAGCAGAUUUAAAAGUUGGAGAUCGAAUAGUUCAAUUUGGCUCAGUAUCUGCUGACAAUUUCAAUUCAUUACAAGAUCUAUCUACUGUCUUUAGAAAUACAUCUCCCGGUAGCUGUAUUCACAUGUCGAUUGUUCGCGGCGACAGUAUGAUAAAUGUGCUUUCUAUUUCGUUGUUGAAACCAGCUGAAAAUGCCAGUAUAGGGUGAGUCUAUUGCUCUUAAAUGUGUGUCGUAUUUCGAAUUUCCGAGUCCCCGACUUACGAGUCACUUAUAAUCUGUUUAGUUUGUGCCAUAGUUAUCGGAGUAUGACUCCAUCUAUGUGUGAAUAAAGUGUAAAAGCUGUACAAGAAUUCUUCACAUAAGAUCUCUUGACCCUAAUUUAAUGAUGUAUUAUUUCGAAAAUCGGGCCUAAUUAUAAUAAUUUGUGUACUAGGACUAGUCAGUUUUAUUAUCCCUAUGGGAUGUUGUUCCUCUAUUUACUCAUAAAAAAACAAUAUAAUUCGGCGGGGCAUUAAAAUAAAUGCAUCACGAAAACAGUAGAAAAUAAAUACUGGUUUCUCGGAAAGAACGCUAUUUUGUAUUGAAGUGUAACACAUUUGGGUCACAGAAAUUUGUGCACAGAUAACUGGUUGUAAAAUAUGCGGUUACUGUGGAUUUGCUAUUAACUCGAAUUGAAAAAACACCGUUUGAUGGUUAAUUAAAAUAUGCCAGUUGACUGUAUUACAGAAUGCUUAGUUAGAAACCUAUCAGAAUUUCGUCAUUUAAACCUGCUUUUUUAAAACUUUUUA